UCUCGACUAAUGCAUAAUUGAACCAAAAUCAUGCAUAUAUUGAACAUGAACCAAGAUUUACAAGAAAGAGUAGUCAUACAAUCAUCCAAUCAAACAAAACAUAGCUAGGGUUCCUCAAACUUAAGUGAAGCGAAGUUACUCCAUAGAUAAGAGAGAGAAUUCAUGUAUAUGCUUUUGAAUCCUCACUUCCAAGCUUGUUCCUCGAGCUCCAAUGGCAAAACAUUCUCCAAUUUUGCUCUAAGAUUUCCCUUAGAUUGCUCUCCCCCUAUAGGAUUCAUCCCUUUGGUGUUUUGGAUCCAAACCCCAUUUCUCUUCUUUAAAAUUUGCAAACAUACUUUUAUACACACAUCAAAGUUGAUGUCUGACCUCAUAUCACAACAAUGACAUUACAACUUUAGGCCAUGACAUUCCAAAAGUUAACCAUUUUUAUUAGUGAUUGGGGGGGGGGGGGGGGGUGCUAUGGGCAAGGAAUGGAUGUCACAAGCGUAGCCAUGACUUAUGAUUGUUGUCCAUGAAAUUGAUCAAAGAUCUUGCUUCUCUGCUGAAUGUUACGGUCAACACUAGGUAUGUAAUUCUAGCAACGACUCUUGAAGAUGCCCAUGUUUCUCCCUCAAGGUCGUGGUUGGAGAGGGAACGUCACGACCCACAUUGUGACUUGGAGGUCUUACCGUUCCUUUACUCCUCGACUAUGUUCACUCCUGUUGUUUCCUCCAAUCAUCCCAAAACUCUCUUUUAAACUCCAUCCAUGUACCAGGAAGUGAAAUAUGACACAAGAAACACAACCUAGUCAUCAUAACAAGCUAAAACAUAUAAACCAUUCCCACCCCACACUUUAAAAUGGACAUUGUCUCAAUGGAAUAAAUAAAAGUGAGUUGUGGUACAGUUGAAAUGAAUUACCUCGAGUGUCAUUAAAAUCCAAAUUCAUAAUUCAUAGUAGCUAGUUCUCCAUUAUUGUUUUGAAGAGACUCAAAUUGUCUAAACAAAAAAAGUACAAGUGGCUUCCUCAAAUCUUCAUCUCCUACAUGUUGGGUCCUCCUCGUGGUGGUGCACUACAUGGGUGAAGGCCUCGCAAUGACCAAUUGAAGGCCUCCAUCCACGAAUAGCUUCAUUUUUGUGCCUCCUCUUGUCUCUUGCGCCAAGCUCGAGUCUCCUCCAGCUCCAUUUUCCUUUCCUUCUUCAGGGAUCCCAAUGUUGCUCGUUCAUGGUCUGGUAGUUGAUCAGGUUCUCCUUUGUACUUCCUACGACUUCUAUCAAUUUUCCUGGUUGGUCUCCAAAGUUGCCAAGCUGAGGUUGUGGUGGUGGGUUUCUAGCUCCAAAUCCAUGCCAAGUAGUCUUACUAAGGCCUUAUUUGGAACUUCUGACUCUAAAUGUUGUAUUCUGAGUAUACAUGUAUUCUGCAGAACACAACAUUUUUUUACUUGUUUUAAUCACAAAAUGCAUGUAUAGAGAAUGCAUGAUGUAUUCAUAAUAUAUAGAAAAUUAUGUAUACUGAAUCUCACCUUUUUGGUGAGAUUUAGUAUCCAUAGUUCAUGUCAUCUAUAAUCCAUGCAUUCUUCUAUGUUUUCCAAACAAAACAUUCUUAAAACCCACACAUUCUUAGUAUACACAUAAUCUUAAUACACACAUUCUUGUAAUACACCAUUUAUGGAAUCAAAGGUUCCAAAAGACCCCCAACCCAAAUGUACGGUUGGUUUCCUUUUUGCCGUCCACACAUGAUAUGUUGGGCAAGUGUUGCUGACAAGGUUUACUCCCUUGCUUGUAAACUCCAAAGGUGAAAGGCGGCUGACAAUAGAUAGGUCCUUCUCUCACUAAUGUCUCCUAAAGAGCAAAUCUGUACUCCUCCCUAUGCUCGUCGAUGUGCUGGUCUAUAAUGUAAACAUAGCCUCCUCUUGUAAUCCUCGUGCAGAAAUGACAGAUGUGUACCUCAAAAGGUUAUUAACCUAAGAUGGCAUUGUUGUAACGUGGCAAUCAAUGUCGUAUUCUACUCGGGUCUUGGUAACCUAGCCUACUUCCCACCUCAUUGAUAUUUAGUCUAUCGGUUUGAGGGUUUUGUGGAGGAUUUGAGCGAAUUAACUAGGCUAGAGAUUGAUAAAGCUAAAAGCAGGUACUUCGGGGAACUAUCCCUCACCCUUGCCUAGGGCUACUAUGUAAUGUCUAGAUACUUAGGGUUUAUUGAAUAUGGUGAGUGAGCUCUUUUCCGUGGGCUUUCGUGGUUAUCCACGUACCUCCGAGUACGCCUCCCCUAUACCCAUAUAUAGUAACCUUGAUCUAGGCUAUCAUAUCUGGGGCAUUAAGCUCAUAGAUCCUUUCAAUGGGUACUACCCACCAUCCACACCGAGGUUUCAUCCCGGGUUCUAUCUAGGAAGGCUAUCUAUUGAAGGGGUUCGGUGGCCUCGACCACAAAAGGUCCCUAUUCAUAUAUCUAACCUUGAUUUGAUUGAUGACGCAUACACGUCUAACUCUAAAACUCCAAACCCAACAUAGAAGCAUAAUGUAGGCUAGUAGAGAAGAUUAGGUAAACUUACCCAAACACAAUCAAAGAUAGAAUAGCAAUAAAAUCAAGUAGAUAAACACUUUCAUUCAUUCAAACCCAAAAAUAUCCAUACAUACAUAGUAAACCUUAAAACUAGGGUUUGGGGUUUAGAACCCCUAGUAACUUAGAAACCUACUCCAUAAAGGAGGAAAGAAGAUACAUAGAAGAAAUUGAAGAAGUCUUGAGGUUGUGAAAGAUGUCUCCUCUCUUCUAGCCCCUUCUCAUUCCUUCAGCUUCUCUCUCUUUUCUCUAUCUAAAACUAGAAAUUCUAUCUCAAAAUCAUCUCUCCAAAUGAGGGAGAAGGAGUCUUCUAUUUAUAGGCAUUUGAGGACAGAGAAGUUUGCGGCCAGACAGGGCCAAGAUCGCGGACGAGAUCUUCAAUGGCGAGACCGCGAUCUUGUGACAUUGGGGUUUUGGCCUUCGGGGACAAGGAGAUUGCAGGCUGACUUCGCGGUCUUGAUCCACGAGUCACAACCACGAUCUUCCUCGCGGUCAGUUUAAAAUGUGGCCAUGAUCGAGCCGAGGAAACUCUCUAUUUCUCCAUGGCUACUUCUUCACGGCGAGGUCGCGAUCUUGCGACGCUGCCGUUUCAGCCUUCGGUGACGAGGAGAUCGCGGGAUGACUUCGCGAUCGCGAUCCGCGAGUCACGGUCGUGAUCUUCCUCGCGGUCAAUUUACAGAGUGGCAGUGAUCCAACCGAGAAAACUCUUUGUUUCUCCAUGGCUCCUUCUUCACGAAAUUCGCGCCCUAAGCCUUCCAAUUCGCGGCCACGAUCUGCAGCUUGACUUUUUGGUCCAUGAUCUUCACUUCUAGGUCACAAUAUUCAGUCUUCUACUCCCUUGCUACACUUGUGACCUUAUUUUGUACCUAAUUCACAUGUAUCGUCUAAAGCACCCUAAAAUCACAUUGAAUUCAAAUAGGAACAAAAUAGGGAUGCAAUUGAGGAUGUUCAAGCAAUUAUUCACAUGAAUUGGCACGAAACAAACCUUAUUAUAAAGGGUAAAUAACAUCAAUUUAGGUAUUAUCAAACUCCCCCACACUUAGGCGUUUGCUUGUCCCAAGAAGACCUACUCAAACCUAAUGCAACAUGAUAGAUAAAUUAAUGGGGAAUUCACUCUAGUUCUUCAUUUCAUAUAGAAGAGUAGACGGAGAAGGAUGAAUGUUACUAUCAUCUUACUAUGCAAGCACAAACUCUCGGGGGAGGACCAUACUUACUACCUUAGGCCGAACAUUCAAGGUGUGCACUUGGGGAUUUCUCAAACAAUAAUAAGCACAUGAAUUCUCGAAUGUGCUCUUUAUUCUUUCUUAUGAUUAGGAGUUGUCGUUUAUUGAUCUCCUUUUUAGACAUUGACGGGCAUUGCACCAAGCUCUUAAAAUCCUUUUGCAAGCAAGCAUCUCUCCUUCAUAACCAAGAGGGGAUGAAUCAUAGCCUUCCAUUUCAAGGUUACAUGUGAAGAAGUUGAUGGGCGGAUUCAUCUUAGCCCGAGCACCACUUCCUAACCUACACUUCACAUUGGGUUGCCACACAUGUUGGGUACAAACGAGAGCUUUGAGUUCUCAUGAAUCGCUAAAAGGUACUUUGGACCUGGGCAUAUGAUUUUGUGAGGAGGAAAGAUACUUGGGGGAUGGUAAGUAGUGAAAGAUGAUUGGGACACUGUAAAGCUAUCCGAUUCCCAAGAAUAUCUUCAAAGGGCACUCCUAUUCCGUAAGGAUUGGUUGCCUCUCACGUGAGAACCUUAUUUUCAAAAGAUUUUCACCACUUUCCUUUCUUUUCUAAUUCGCACAAAUCUUUAAAAGCUUCGAGUUCAAAAAUCAAACAAAAAGAGAAUUCAGCACACAUGUUAUUCCUAAAAUAGAAAAUAUUAUCAACUCACAAAAGAGGAAGAGUAGUAAAAUUACUCAUACACCGGUACUCUAAUCAUGCAACUAUCACCUAGCACAACACAUCAAUUUUCUAGCAAAUCAAAGCAUAUUAAGUAGGGGGUUGCAAGGAACAAGAUGAUAUGGAACCCUCAAAUUUGAAAUUUUUUUGGGUAUUGCAUUCAAGGUUCCAAAACACUAUCAUUUGAACAUUGAUCACCACAACACAAACACAAUUGCUAACAUACAAUCCCAUGUGCAUUCAUCAACGUCUUACAUUCACAAACAAGGGAUGAUACUAGCAAUUCAUGGUUUAACCAAUCAUGAUAAUUAUUCAAACAUUCACACACAUCCCCCCACACUUUAGCAACACAUUAUCCUCAAUGUGGGAGUUUCAUAAGAAAAGGGAAAAAAUCCAAAAAUACCACUGUUUAAAAAAAAAAUUCCAAAAAUACCACCCAACCCCAAAAUUUCCAAAAAUACCACCCUUUUUCAAAAACCGCCACCCCACCCUGCGGUUUACACGAAAACCGUUUGUCGGAGGCGCGGUUUUCUAUGCAAACCGCGGGCCUAGGGAGCGGUUAUAAAAAAAUUUUUUUUUG